CCUUCACUACCUGCUGAUCAUCAUAACUCCCGUAGCCACAUUGGUUCAUCGUAACCGCAGCAUAAGAGAUUUGAAUUGCAACGCGAUGGCCCUAUUGGUGAAAGCUAAAGGUGGAAAUGGAGGGAAUGAAUGGGAUGAUGGAUUUGAUUAUGAGGGUGUAACAAAGAUACAUGUACGAGCUGGUUCUGAUGGCAUUCAGUACAUCAAGUUUGACUAUGUCAAGGCUGGAAAAACUAUUUCUGGACCAAUCCAUGGUGUCUCUGGUCUUGGUAUGACACAAACGCUUGAGAUUAACCAUUUGCAAAAGGAAUAUCUGGUAUCCGUUGAGGGUUACUACGACAAAACUACGGGAGUGAUACAAUCAAUCCAAUUCAAAACUAACCAGCAAACUUCUGAUUUGAUGGGGUUCAACAAGGGCACUAAGUUUUCAUUAGGAUCCAUGAGGAGAAAAAUCAUUGGGUUCCAUGGCUUUUCUGACAAGAAUGUGCACUCUCUUGGAGCAUAUUUCAUCAGGAUCCCUACAACCAAAUCGGCAAUGGAAGGUGGUCAAACCACAGGGAGAAGUUAUGAUCAUGGUGGUGACUACGAUGGCAUAAGAAAAGUGUACGUUACACAUGAUGGCACUUCAAUAAGGGAUAUGAGGGUGGACUAUGACAAAGGCGGUCAAGUGGAAUGCUAUGAGUACGGUGACAAGAUCGGAUCAGGAGAUGAGUAUCUCCGAAUGAAGUUAUCCACGAUUACGGUGAAUUAUCCAUAUGAAUGUAUCACGUCCGUAGAAGGAAGCUACGCAAACACCCAACCUUACGGUUGUAUUGUCCUUAGGUCGUUAACUUUCAAAACAUCAAAUGGGAGAACCUUAGUAGUUGGAACAGUCACUGGAACCAAGUUCUCUCUGCAGAGCCAAGGCAAUGCUAUUGUUGGGUUCCAUGGACGGGUAGGUUCUUGUGUUGAUAGUAUCGGUGCAUAUUACGCUCCGUUUACUCCUUCUCCUCCUCCUACAGAGAAACUAGAGGGACAAGGAGGUGCUGGAGGAGAGUCUUGGGACGAUGGUGCUUUCCAAAAUGUGAAGAAGGUAUACAUAGGACAAGGCGAGUAUGGUAUCGUCUCUGUUAAGUUUGAGUACGAGAACGACACUGGUGAGGUGGUUGUUGGAGGUGAACAUGGAAAGACGACAUUGCUUGGAUACGAAGAGUUCAAGGUGGAUUAUCCAAGUGAAUACAUCACGUCAGUAGAGGCUUGCCACGACAAGGUUAUGGGAGCUGAAACAGGAGUUAUAACGAUGGUUAGGUUCAAGACAAACAAACGCACCUCUCCACCCUUUGGACUUGAAGGUGGAGUCAACUUUGUCCUCAAGAAGGAAGGUCACAAGAUCACUGGGUUCCAUGGAAAAUCUAGUACUAUGCUUCAUCAGAUUGGGGUUCAUGUCGUUCCCAUCACUGAGUGACCAUCCACAGCUACAUUCAUUAUCGAUUGAACAAUCCUCUGUCAAAGUUUGGUUUUUGUUGGUUUUAUAUAUGAAUCUGUAUUAAUUAUUCUCCUCGUCUGCUUGUUGUUUGUGUUCCAUUAUGCAUCGUUAACCUAUUUUCACUUUUCAGAUAAUAAUAAAGACAAUCAUGUCAUUCAAGUC